GGGGGGCCUACUUCAAUGUUCCAUUCAGGUUUUCUAGGAAUAGUGGGUAGUUGUGCAGUAGCUGAAGGCCAGCUAAACUGCUCCUUAAAGUGUUCCGCCCAUCGUUCUAAACGUUUGGGUUGAGAGCAGAUAAGGGUUCCGUCUUUUUCGGAGAUUGUCUCACUUGCACUUGACUUCUUAAUUCCGGUUUCUUUUAUUAGUCUGAAUAGUUGCCUGGUGUUGCCUACAGCCGCUGCCCUUUCCAUCGCUUUUGCUUUCGUUGCCCACCACUGCUCACGAUCGUUCCUUAGACUUUUAGUUAACCUAGAUCUAAUUUCUUUACGCUCUUUGUCAUGUUCAGAGCCUGAUGGGAUGAGUUUACGCGAAUCCAUCAGUGAAAUAGACUUAGAAGAAAUCCAUUGGUUUUUUGGAGCCCUAUGGUUUAAAUGACUAAUAGAUGUAACUGCUGUUUCCACAGAUGUUCGUAUGUCUGUCCAAGCAGAAUCUGUGUCAGUCUUGUUUACAGAACUGCCUAGAUGUGAACUCAGUUGUUUCUGGAAUUCGCAUUUGGCUUUCUCGUCCUCCAGUUCAAUCCUAAUGGGUCUUCUUAGUGUACUUUUCCUGCGUCCAUUGAGGCGCAGACAAAUGCGCGCUCGUAUUAAAGCGUGAUCAGAGUCUAAACAAGUAUUCCAAUACGAGCGACAAUCUUCUGUUGAGCCUCUCCAACGAUGACUGAUGACAAUAUGGUCUAUUUGAGUCCAUCGUUGGUUUGGUGCAGGUGGUCGCCAUGUUAGACGAUGUCUCUCCUUAUGUUUAAAAUUAGUGCUUGCUAAAAAUAAACAACAGGUACGGGUAGAUGGGGUUCUGUCAACGUGGGGAUUUGUGAAAAGUGGAGUUAGCCAUGUUACAAUCCUAGAUCUUUCUGUUUUCACUUUGUGUAAAUAACUUACCUACUAACAAAUUCAUCUGUUCUACUCUUUGCAGAAGGCAUAAAAAUUUGUAGACGCAUACACUGUAUUUGAGAUAGUAUAAUAUUACAGGACGCCUAAAAUCCACUGGUUGCAUUGAUGGGUAAGUGAUCAUUAGAAGUUAACCUUAACUGGAGUGUGAUGCAAAUAAGUAACUAGGAUGAUUCGUAUUACUACACAAUAUAUGGAGUUGUGUCACCUAAAGUAGUGGGCUAUAAAGGUCUAGAAGUCAUAAUAAGCAGCGACCUCAAAACUGUAGUGAAUUACUGGGAUUCUUUACGAGAACACGUAAUAUCAGCAUCUUCUGUUAGUACAUUCAAAGCGAGAUAAGACAUCCACAAAGUUGCUCUCGAGUCAGAAACUCACACCGCUUAUUCAAAGUUUAGUAAAUAAUACUCAUGCGAGUUUCAGGGACACCGGAGAUCCUUACUCAUCUUCUAGUGUGUUGAAAUUGCUAAAAGCUAUGUCUAGUUUCCUUCCUACUUUCUUAGUAUGUUCCCAUUAUCUUUUAUCUAUAUAGUGUUGAAUCACCAAGUUACUUUUCUUGUUAUACAUAUCUAAAAAUGGAGUACAUUGACAAACUCCCGGAUGAGCUUUGCUGCAAGCCUAAACCUCUCAUCGUAUUUUCCGGUUUGGAUACGGAAAAAAACCAAGUCCAUCGGUCUAUUUGGAGAGCCUUCAAUACUAGUAAAAGCCAUGACCGAGAUUCAUUUAAAUUUCGCUGCAAAUCAGUCGACCACCAGUUUCCAAAGCCAAAGUACAAGCAACUGGCUUCAUAUGAAUGGCUUAUGCCAAAAGGCAUACUCAAAACUGGUUGGAUGAAAAAGCAUCUUGAAGAAAUACCUGCAUUCGUUGCUUUAUUUUACGAUCUAGAUUGGGACGAACCACAGUGGGGAGAAAAGUCAACUGAAUGCGCUCAAAUGGUGGCAACUGUUCGAUCAAAACUUGCUGGUCGCGAGAGUAAAUUAGUGGUCAUUCUUAUACAGAAACGUGCCCCCUUACCUUUGGGUGAAGAUCUUAAUGCCAUGGACCGAGCUCAAUCUCUUUGUAAUAAGUGUGAUCUUCCAGGAAAGAAUUUGUUUGUUUUGUCGCAUACAAACUUACUUUAUGGAUGCAUUACAAGAUUAGAAGAUGAAUUUCGUGAUAUGGCAGCUAAUUAUUAUCAUAAUCAAGCUAAAAAAGUGAAAGCUCACAAGGAUUCACUCAACAAAACUAGUCACCAGUUAUUGUUUGUUCGUCACGAGUUCAAAAUUGCUUUCUAUGCUGAAUUAAAACAAGACCCAGGAUUAGCGCUAAAACACUACCAACAGGCAUAUAAUCAUUUGACAGAAUUGAGAAUGUUAGAUGCUCAUUUGCUGGAAGUGAAAACAGUAGCUGGAUUUAUUAACUACAAGAUAUGCCGCCUGGCUUUUCAAAAUAAUGCAUCUGAUGCAAUAUCACAAUUUCGAAGACAUAUUAAUUUUUUUGCUAAUCUCGUCGGAUUACCACAGUUAGCUUUUGAGCAUGAAGCAUGGAUGUCAAAGCAGUUUGAAAUUCUUGGAGAUCUUUUUCAAGAAGCUAUCAAAUCUAGUCUCACUCCUCUUAUGACCCAACAUCCUGGAUUAUAUUACCAAGAAGCAUCUAGACAUGCUGUUUGCCGUCGUCAGUUAUGUCAAGCUCUAUGCAUCCCUACUGUUAAAGCUGCUGAAAUGAAUGCAGAUGACAGAUUAUACUAUCCUUUGCCAACAGAAUCUAAUGAACCCAUUGUUGGAAUUGACUCAACUUUCGCUACAGACAGCGGUCUACUUGCUGAAGAAAAUGAUUCUUCACCUCAUUCGCCAAAUCAUUCUUUAGAAUGUUCCAGAUCAAAGCGUACAGCGAUCAACACCGCUGUAGAGUUUGUUCGAGCUCAGUCACCUCUUUUAUUUAGAAAGCAGAUUUUUACAACGGACAGUCCAAACUUAUCAGGCUGUCAUUCAACCAGUCAGGUACCUGCAACAGAUUGUUUGUCAGCCACAGAGAAAAUAAACGGUCUUGAAUUUUACGGUCAGCGACCUUGGCGCCAAGGUAUUCAAAGUAUUGAACCACCAAAUCCAACAAAAGAACGAGAAGGGAUCUUAAGUUUGCAAAAAGAAGAACUCAAAGUGGAUCAUUCUAGUUUUAUUAUACCACUGCUUGAACAAACUCGAUUGCAAUACAGACGAUACAAAGCUGAACGAAUGAAACUUUAUCCAUGUAUUUUAAUGGGUUCUGAAUAUUAUGAUAAACAGGAUUAUGAUAAGGCUCUCAGUUGUUAUUUAAGUGUAAUAAAUGAAUAUCGUAGCGAAAAAUGGUGGUCUCUCUAUACUUUCACACUGAAGCGAAUUGCAACAUGCGCAUAUUUGAUAGCUCAGCCCACAGUAUUUCUAUCCUCAUGUUUGGAACUUCUUGGACCCAACAGCUCAAUGCCUCUCUGUGACAAAGUACAGGCUCAACAAGCAAUUUUUGAUUUCCUUAAGACAGGAGUUCCUAAUCUCAUAAUGUUUGCUCCUGAGCUUGAUCAUACCAUAAAAACUAUCGAAGACGGGUGGAGAAAACAGUUAGACGUGCUAAUGCAACAUACUUCGAACGCUCAUUCGGACGUUGCACAUAAUGAAUCAGCCAGUGAGAAUAAAGUGAAUAUCGAGAAAAAGUCACAAAGUUCAACCGAUUCACAUUUUGGCGAAAAGUGUAGAAUUUCAUUGGACAUUACCCGACUUAAUACAUGUAUACAGUGCAAAGUUUGCUUUUCACAAUCAGAAUAUACUUUUGGUCAACCGGUUCAGUUAGCUGUUUUCUUACGAUCGUUUGCUCCUCUACCCAUCCUUGUUCAUCAUGUCACCGUGACUUUUUCUAACAAGGUCGAUUGUUCAACUUCACACAACAUACCGCCUAAUACAAUAAACAAACCAUUAUCAGGAAAUGUUUCAACUCAUCAGACAUCCCAAACAUGGCCAUCUAAAUUUAUUCUGAAUUCAACAGAAAAAUUCAAAGUGAUUCUACUAUGUCUUAAUUCAGACGUACUUGAUAACCAAAUUAAAGUUGAUUCAAUUCAUUUAUGUUUAUCACCACCUAUGGUUAACUGUUAUGAAGACGUUAUUGGUGAAUUGAUAUUGUGUACAGUUUCAUGGCAAUGGAAUACAAAAUCAGAUUAUCAUCCUUAUCUAAGUGGUCGUAAAACUAUUGGUCAUAAACAUCCUAAUCCAAAGAAACAACUUAAUCUGUUACAUGAUAAUGUAAAUAAUGUAAAUAAUUGUGGUUUAUGGUGCAAAGAGGUUGUUCUUUCAGUACCAGAACGUCGAAUACAGAAAGACUCUCUUAAAAUUGAAUCUAAUGGAUUCAUAAUUAAUCAUGAAUUUCCUAACCUCCCACCAGACUGGGAUAUUGUUGAUAGUCGAAUUCGAACAGAAAUGCAUCAUCCACCUUCCGGUUUAGAAAUCACUAUGCCCGAAAAUGUUUGUAUACUAGCGAAUGAAAUUUCUCAAAUAAAUUUAACUAUUCGCAAUCCAACGCUGAGUGACUGUACUAAACUUAAUUUAACUGUCCGUUUAAUUCCGAGAGAAAAAGAUUCAACCGAAUUUCCUGACAAUGCUUGUAAUACUUCUACCACUGUAUCAAACACAACAGUGACUACAAAUCCAACUGUAAUAGACAAUUAUAUAGUAGUUGGCAGUUCAUCUGAAUUAAUAUCUCAUAUAUCAACUAAAAAUAUUAAUUCAUCUCAAAAAUCAAGUAGUGCAUAUUUUAUAAAGAAGUUAGACGAUAUUCCAUCAAAUCAAUCUAUAUCUGUGACGAUUUCAUUAUGUUGUUCAUCUUCUUCGUUAGUUUCUAGUAAUAAUCUAACACUUUCAUGUUAUUUAACUUUCUCUACUAAAAUUUUACCUUGUGAAUAUCCCGAUUAUUUAUUAUCAUUAUCGGAUUCAUUAACAACAGAAACACCAUUAGUAUAUAAUGUUAUACAUGAAUCUGUGAAAUUAUCUAAUAACAUGGAGCUGUCAAAUGUAGAUAAUCACCUAGUUCAAAAUGUAAUCGACCAAAAUGCAAUGGUAAUUCAAUGUACUCAGAAUAUUGAAACUAAUUUAACUAUCUUGUCACCAUUUGAAUUAGACUAUAAACUACUUUCCUUAACACAAAAUCCUAUUAAAAGUCUCAUAGUUAAUACCGAGUUUUUGUUAUUGUUCAAGUUAACUAAUACAGCUGAUUGUGAACUGGAAAUACAUGAUAUACAGUUGGAAGUGGCUAAUGAGAUAUCGUGUGCCAGUGACCUUCAUAGUACAUGCAUCAAAAAUUUGAUUAUCCAAUCCUCAGAAAGUUGUACUGAAUGUCACAUGUUGUUAUUAACAGAAACAAUGUACUCACUCGAAGCAAUAAAUUUAGGCUCUAUUAUCGUUCAUUGGUCACGUGCAUCAACACGUAAUGAUGAUUAUAUAAAACCGUAUAUUGCAACGACGAAAUUCGCCUUACCGACUAUUCCAGUUUUGUCUUUACCUAUUCAAAUUAGUGCAGAACUUCCAGCUUAUGGUGUUAUGCUCACUCCAUUUCCAGUCACAUUUAUUUUAUCUAACAAAACUAUUUAUCCGCAGGAGGCUGUUUUUCAAUUAGAAUCGAUUCAUGGUUUUAUGUUUUCUGGUCAACAAAAGCUGAAGGUACGAUUACUGCCUGACUCACCGCACUAUUUGAAUUAUACACUACUUCCAUUGAUGUCUGGGAAUUUGAAGUUGCCUCGUUUACAUGUUAUAUUAGAACGUUAUACUACGUUAUCAUCAAACACGCAAAAUGAUCAACCCGAUAUACAUAUACAAUUAGAAGAAAAUCUCCUACGACAAGUUCCAACACAUCUGAUAGUAAUUCCAUCAACGGAUGGAUUGUUUGAAUCAUCUGAGAAAAAUUCAAUAUUCAGUCGCGAAGAGAUUAAAAAUGUAUAAUAUGAUAUAUAUUUCUUAAAAUAUUCUAUAACUUGUUUCAAAUGUUUUAGUUACCUUUUUAAAAACAAAAAGUAAAAAUGAGCUUAUUUCAUUUGUUUGUUCUAAGUAACUUGCUAUUCCUUGACUUUUUUGUUUAUUAUUAAUAUAACAAACCAUGAAUACCUUAAUUUUUACUUUCAGUAAUGAAUCCUCCAGAACUUUCGUUCCAUCUCUUUCUUUUUUUAUUCUUUGCAAUUGGAAAUGUAUCAUUUUUGGAAUGUUUUUUUGUAUCAUAAUUUCUUUAUUUCCUUAUAAAUAAGUUUAAAUUUUUUUUAAAGUUCGUCCACUUUUUUAUUUCAUUAGUGGAUUAUUUGAGAUUUCGGUCGCUAUUAUCAACUUUCCCCCUACUGUAAGAUCCAUAGGUAUAUAUUGAAAUCGCACAUGGAAAACAACUUUUUAUUCAACACGGUGCUUUAGUAUCGAUCUAUUGUUGGCGAAAUACUAAAACUGAUCGACAGCUUCUAAUGUUGAAGUUUCAGAAUUUUAGAGAUCUUGUAUUCUUUGAGAAAAAUGACUAAUUUGUGAAACGUUUACUGCCUUUGUAGGCAAAGGAAAUCAGAUAUUAAAAUUUCUUCACAAAUGUCUGUCAGCUUGUUCUGUUGACAUGUGUUUUGCUGAGUUCGUCUUUUUAAUUGUGCUGUUGUUAUCACCACACUAAUUUUCAUUAUCUCUUCUUGUGAUUUGAUAUGUGACUGCGUAGUUGUUAAACGUCCAUGUUCUCGUCUGAUCAACCGGGUCUACUUCAAUUUGUUUAUUGAUUGAUGACUAAAAAGUGUAACAUAUUUUUAAAAAUUGCAGUUAAGUUAGUGUUUCCUCUGUCCAAUAUUCCGACAUUUUCUCAGUUGCACUAAUGUCUAUAGUUGUCCACGUACAUUUGUACAAGUGGAGAUAUGCAGUUGUGUUUAACAGACAGAUAGUGCUCACCUAUGUCUCGUAGUAUAAUUUAACUAUUUUUCUUGUAAAACUUGACCUCAGGAAUUCCACAAGUACAGUUUUCUUAAGUUAUCACAUCUUUAAUACCUAAAUAGUGUAAGUUCAACUAUCCACCCCCGUCUUCUUAAUUGAUGGAAUGAGUAAUUGUGGUGUGGUUAGUAACGUUAUAUGUCCCUGAACUGGUACCGCCAUACGGGUCUCUGGUUAUGAGUCAAAGUAUUUAAACGUGAUCUUGUUUCUGAUAAUUAGACAAUAAAUCUUACUGAGAAAAAUAAUUUCUUUUUAAGGUUAUGAGAUUGGGGCAGAAUGGCAUCCACUGAAAUCCGUCAAAAUAACAUAAACGAGUAUUAAAUCUCGAUAUGGUUUAACCGUCCUAAAUUAUUCAUUAUGUCUAAAGCUUUGUGAUUUUAUAAUCUUUGCUUUCACGUUCUUGAUGGUACAGUUUCAUUUCAAUUAUUUCGUAGUUUUACUCAUCUCCUAAGUAGAAAAUGUGAAGUAAGAAAAUCUAGUUCCUAUCUAAAUUAGGUUGUCACUUGUAAUCUGACGUGUUAUCCUGACCUAGGGCAUCAACCAGUAGCUAACUCGUUCUCUCAGCGCUGGGUUGAAUAAUGGUCUUAUCGAAGUUAAAAUCAAACUCACUGAUUGUCAUAAAUGAACAACAACUGCUAUACGAGGAUGAAAAAAGUGUAUGUUACUUCCUGAUUUAAUGAAAUAUAUCUGCUAUUUGAACUAAUCUUGUUGUAUCCGAAGAAAGUUGAACUAUUGGUAACUUCUGGGAACUAUUUAUAGACUAUUAUUAUAUAUUUAUUUAUGUCUCUCUUUUCGUAAGCUUUUAUUUGACCUAUUAGCUACUAUUAUACGAUUCACUCUUCUUAAUUCUUUCCCAACCUCCUGGUUACAGUCUCCCACACAGUCACUUUUGACUUGAGUUUUUAUAUCUGUUAUUUUUUCAUUUUGUGGUGUGAUGCCGUCUGGUCUGCUUGUAUAUGAACUACGUAUGUCUGAAAUAUAUGAUUCAUACAUAGGAA